ACUAGGCGCUGGGGAGCGGCCCGGCCCUGCGGGGUCGGCGGUGGCUUCUGCGAGCGGGAGGCCGCGGCCGGCCCGGACACCGCGUCCCCGGGGGAGAACCGGGACGGGGAUGGCAGCCCCGGGGACUGGGCCUGGCGGGCCGGGCCGGGCCGGGCCGCGCGGCUGCCGUGAGGGCUGCCGUGGCCCGCCGCCCGGCACAGGGCGAGGCCGGGCGGGAUCGGAGAAACUGAGAAAGAGUAGAGAGUUUUGGUUCGUUUGGGGCCUUUCUGCAGUUUCCCUAUCGGAGAAUAAAGCUCCGGUUUUGGGAAAACCAUCCGUCCCCGCCCCCGGUCUCCAAUAGAUUUGUGCCGUCUCUUUCUGUGGAGGGUGACUGGCAUCGAGGCUGACUGUGAACCGCCCCCCUCACCUCCCCCCCCGCCCCCCGCAAGUUAUCGUUGUAAUAUUAAACUUAAUUUCGCCUCUUUUAAACACAUUCUGUAGCUGCAGAGCGUUACGCGGCGGUAGGCGCGCGCCUCAGCUGUGGCUCAGGCAACUUCAGCUGAUCGUUACGGCUUAUCUUUACAAAUUCAAGGACGAAAGUUUUUUCUUAUUAAGUGUUGCAGAAGGGAGUAUCUUUCAUGCAGUAGUUAUUUAUAGCUAUCUGAGAAUUUCUUCUUUGCAUUUCUUUUUCCUUUGAAACUGAUUUACUGGCUUUGAUGUGAAUUUAAAGGCUUGAGGAUAUUGCUUAGAACUCUUGUACUAAAGACAUAGUAGAAAACUUGUAAUGGUUUCGUAUUUCAAAGGAUAAACAAUUUAUUAGUGUGCGAACAACUCAGUAUCUCCUUGAUAGUCAAACAUCAAUUUUUAAAUUAUGCUGUAUUGUUCUGAGAUGAAAAAUACAGAAUUUUGGUAGUUUGUCAUGGCAAAAUCAAGGCUAUUAUAUUAAAUAUGACUGUGUUGACCCGAGUGCAAAGUUUUUGUUAGCACUGCUUAGUUACAGAGCUGACAGUAACCUGCUCUACAUCCUGCUGACCUGAAGUCAAGUAGUUUGUGAAUGUUACUUUUGUGACUGGCAGCACAUCAGAAACUAGGUAUUAAAAUGUGGGUUACAAAAGACAAAUCAAACUAUAGCACUAUUCAGUCUUAACUGUGUAUAUACCAACACACUUAAAUAUAUCUAAAUAUUUGCCUUUCAUUGACUGUAGUAUAUAGGCAUUGGAGGAAAAUUGCAAGAGCGUUGGUAUUGCACAAUGGUCUGUUUUUUAAAUCUCUCAUUUAAGCUAUUCUUUUAUAAAAGUUAUUUAAUUCCAUUCAAAGUAAAAACAAUAGAAUGACAAGUGGUUUGCAAAAAUCCCUGCAUAAGCACUUAAUUUUGUCAUAUUUUUAUCUUAAAUUUUGUCUUAGCAGUUACCCUUUUUAUUAUUUUGAGGCUAAACACAGCAGCUCCUUCUUGUUAAUCAUUUUGGAAAAGCUGUGAGACAAAGUGUCAGGGGAGAUCCAAAUUCCUUGAUUUAGCCAUACGGGCAAAGGAUGAAGUAAAACAAAAACCAUGUCAAGUAAUAUUUUCAGUAGGUGAUGCGUCUCUGUAAUUGCCUUGAGGUGACUGCUGUCCUUCAUCAUAUUGAAUGUAUUUAUUGUAUUUAGAUGCAAAGUCACCGCAUCCUAACAGGAAAAUGAAAGAUGAAAACGCUUUAACUGCUUCUUGUAACAGUAGCGGGAGUCUCACAGUCACGUUCUUUUGGAUAUUCCUGUCACGAGAGAGCAGAUGAAUCACUAUCGAGCUGCAGCUGAAACUGCUCAAAGUGAACUUGCAGCACUUUCAGUGAAGUACAGUUGUGUCCAGUCAGAGCUUCAUGAACUCAGAUCCAGGAUGGCCUCUAAAGAAGUCUCUUUUCAAGAGCUGAAGGCUGAAGCUGAAAGCUACAAAGAAAACAAUGCUAGGCAAACGUCUCGCCUCCUGUCUUUGCAAACCCGAAUUCAGGAGAUGGAGGAAGAGGCAUGUGUGCUCUCCACUUCUAAAAACCAGGCUGAGCUGACAGCUCAGAUGGCAUUCAAGGAAAAUUUGGAGCUGAAGGAGGAGCUUCGUGAACAAAAUGCCAAACUUAAUAAAUAUUUGAAUGAAUGUGAAGAAAGCAUGACUCAAGCUUCUAAAAACAGCAGAAAAUAUGAGGACCUCCUUACACAGCUUUCUGAAUUCUUGGACACAGACAUCAGAGAAAAAGAGAAACCACAGGAACAUUUAAUGUUGAAGGUUUGUGAAAUAUGUAAAGAAAAUCUGACACUAAAAGACCAGGUUGCUGCUUUUCAAGAAGCUAUCAAUGUCCAUGAGAUGGAGUCCAAAGCUAGCAGAGAAACUAUUAUGAGGCUUGUUUCAGAAGUGACCAAGGAACAGAAAAAGGCAGCAGGAUGCUAUCAAGAUAUAGAAAAACUUAAUAAGGAUCUUGACAGCACUAUAAUAGGGAGACAGAGUUUGGAGGUGGAGAUCAGAAACCUCCAAGAUAAACUGGCUGCUAACCAGAAAGCUUUGGAUGCCUCAAAGCGGGAACUGUACAAUCUGAAGAAAUCUUCCAGUGAGCUGGAUGGAAGCUUGAAGAGCAGCAGAGAAGAGGCCAGGACUGCUCAGAGCUCUUUAGUGACUUUUAAAGAGCAAAUUGCUACCCUACUCAGUGGUGGAUCUGCAAUAGUUAAACCUUCCGAGAAGGCCAUUUUGGAGAGGAUCCGAGAAAUAAAUUCCAAAGAGGAGGGUAAAGAAAUAAUGGUAUCUCAGCUUGAAACCCAAAUAGCGAAGUUGACUGAAGCUUUGGAAAACCAGACCAGAUUGUACCAAGAAGCUCUGGAGAGGAGCAGGAAAGCUGAAAAAUGUUCUGAGACUUUCCAGGAGCAACUGAAACACUUGGAAGAGGAAUUACUGUCUGUAGAUCUGAUGCAAGAUGGUUUGAAGCUUGAGAAACAGAAAUAUUUGAAAUUUCUGGAGCAACUUAAUGAGAAGAUGAAGCUGGAUAGCCUAGCAGCAGAGGUUGGAUUUGAUAUGAAUGUGGAUGCGAUUCUAGCCCGGGUAGAGCAGUUAGUGAAACUGGAAGGUGAUGCAGUGAUUGAAAACAAGACUAUGGCAUAUAGCCUAAGAAGGAAGUUGAAGACUCAGAAAGAAAAACUUGAAAGCAAGGAGCUGCACGUGAACCUUCUGCGGCAGAAAAUAACUCAGCUGGAAGGAGAGAAGCAAGUAAGGACUGCCUUAGCUGUGGAGAGGGAUGAGGCCAAUCUCACUGUCAGAAAGUUACAUAAGAUGAUAGAGAGAUUGCAGAAUCAGCUUGAUCUAGCAAGGGAAGCAAAUACCGAUCUCAAAGCCAAGUUGUCUGAAACCAAUGAACUUAAGAUCAAAACUUUGGAGCAGAACAGAACAAUAGAAGAACUCAAUAAGACUCAAGGCAAAUUGGAAAGAAUGAAAGAAAAGGCUGAGAAAAAACUUACCUCUGUCAAAUCAGAACUUCUUUUAAAGGAGCGUAAAGCUACUGAAGAUAAAGAAAAAAACAAAAAUAUGUUAGAAGCAGUUACCAGCGAGAUGAAGGUGCUUAAAACAACCCUUGCAGAAUUAGCAAAAAGAGAGAGACAGCUGGCAGAUUUCCGGGAGGUGGUCUCGCAGAUGCUGGGCCUCAACAUUGCCAGCCUGGCUCUUCCUGACUAUGAAAUCAUUACACGUCUUGAAGGGUUGAUUCACUCUCAUCAACACCGCUGCUUCCCCUGUGUCUGCCUCAAAGAUGCGGCAAGGGCACCAGAGGAGCUCUCACAAAGAAACAUACAGCUUCUUCACUGAAACAUGCGUUUUGUAAGGAGACAGAACAAAGUAAAAUUUUCUUUUGUGCUUCCUCAACUGCUAGACAUGCAUAGGAAGCAUGUCUAAAUAGGAUGUUUAUUUCUGUUCCCUACUCUGCAGAUACCGACUUGGGCUAAUUUUUAGUGUUCCAGUAGGGAGACUGUGCCGAAUGGCUAGAAUAAGGCCAGCAGCCUAGAAAUAGCAAACAAAAGCCCUGGGCAGCAUAAUAUGUUAUGAAAAUUAUAGGCAAUAUGUGAACAAUGUAUAGCCCUCCAGUUUCAUUGCAGAGGCGUUGAAGGCAUGGGCCGCCCGAGGCGGGCUCACAGUUUUGGGAAGUACUUGCUGAUGAAAGUCAGCGUCAGUGGCAUUCCUUGUGCUUCACCUCUGGAUGACGGGGAUGAAAUAAAGUGGCUGUUGUCCCGCUGCUGUUCCUCUUGCAAAAUGGGACCUCUCUGCAUUUUUACGCAUAAGGACUUCAGCAGCUUCAAGACUGAAGCUGGAUGUUAGAGGACUGUCACAAUUUUGGAACAAGGGAUUUUUUUCUUCUGUUGUUUUCCUUAGUCUGCUCUUGUGCCAAAACAAAAAGUUAUGCUUUUUCAGCAGAGGCUCUUUCACAGGGUCCAAUCACGUGCCUGGUAUAGAUAUAUUUGGUAAAAUUGCAUGUUGCCCUUGGUCAUGAUGCCCUGAAAGUUUAUUUCUAGAUGCUGUAUUCCUUGGGCAAUUAAUCCAUAGGCCAAAUACUUAUUUGCCCUUGGCAGUCCUUCUGAGUUAAUAAAAAGUUAUUUUAAAAUUCUUAUCUGCUACAGAAAGUAGUUGAAUUACUGAAGUUGAAUUAUUGAAUUAUUUUCAGAAAAGCAAUGAUGAGGUGUCUGGAAAGCUGCUUGUCUAUUACCUUUUCUGAGUGUUGUUAAACUUAAUGAUUUUUUAAAAAGAAAUUUGAACAAUAAAUCUCUUUUAA